AUGGACUUGCCGGAGCAACUUGAUAAGCUUUUGCUACUAAGAAGCCUGUGGAUAGAUAACAUCACUUCUGCCCACUGUGCAGGGCUUUUUGCUACCUUGUCAACUAUGCCACUUCUUUCCAGUUUGCUUCUAUCUGCAGCUGAUGAAAAUGAGACACUUCUCUUGAAUCAUUUCAACCCGACUUGCAUGAAGCUCCACAAGCUAAUUGUAACAGGAUUUUGGUCUCUAACGGAUUGUCCGAUACUUCAGAACCAUGGCAGAUAUCUCAAGUAUCUUGCCCUAAGCAGAUGCCAUUUUGUAGGAGAUCCGCUGGUGGUUCUAGCAUCUACUGUACCGAACAUCACGUAUAUGAGACUUAACAAUAUACCUAGUCCACCUACUUUGGACCUUCCAGAAGGAUCCUUCCCACACUUGAAGACACUAGUUUUGAAGAACAUGAAUGAUGUCAGCCUUCUGAAAAUUAGUAGUGGUGCACUUCCAGUCAUAGAAUGUCUAUAUAUCACAUCACUGCCAAAAUUGGAGACAGUCCCUCGAGGCAUCAAAUCCCUGGGCUCCUUGAAAAAGCUCUGGCUGCUGAGUCUCUACAGUAACUUCAAGGCUCAAUGGGACAUGACUGGAAUGCAGAAGGAUCUACAGCUUGUUCUGGAAAUCUGGAGAUAUGUGCCUAACAGCAGAAGCUUUGUUUGUGUUUGUCAAACGUGGCAGCUCUUUCAGUAG